UCCAGCCGCGAGCUGUCAGGCCGAGUGUCAGGCCGGGCAGGUACGCGGCGCGCUUCCCCGGCGCCCCCCGCCCCCUGCCAGGACGCCCCGCACCGAGCCUGAGGCCGCGUGGACCCCAAAGCCGCUCGGAAAAGCUUGCUAGAGGUCCAGCCUAGCCCCUAGACACCAUGUCAGACAGUGAUCUAGGCGAGGACGAAGGCCUCCUCUCUCUGGCGGGCAAGAGGAAGCGCAGGGGGAACCUGCCCAAGGAGUCUGUGAAGAUUCUCCGGGACUGGCUGUACCUGCACCGCUACAACGCCUACCCCUCUGAGCAGGAGAAGCUGAGCCUUUCUGGACAGACCAACCUGUCAGUGCUGCAGAUAUGUAACUGGUUCAUCAAUGCCCGGCGGCGGCUUCUCCCAGACAUGCUUCGGAAGGACGGCAAAGACCCUAAUCAGUUCACCAUUUCCCGCCGGGGGGGUAAGGCCUCAGAGGUGGCCCUCCCCCGUGGCAGCAGCCCCUCAGCAUUGGCUGUGUCUGUAGCAGCCCCUGCCAAUGUGCUGUCCUUGUCUGUGUGCUCCAUGCCACUCCACUCAGGCCAGGGGGAAAAGCCAGCAGCCCCCUUCCCACAGGGGGAGCUGGAGCCCCCCAAACCCCUGGUGACACCUGGUAGCACCCUCACCCUGCUGACCAGGGCUGAGGCCGGAAGCCCCACUGGUGGACUCUUCAACACACCUCCGCCCACACCCCCAGAGCAGGACAAAGAGGACUUCAGCAGCUUCCAGCUGCUGGUGGAGGUGGCGCUACAGAGGGCUGCUGAGAUGGAGCUUCAGAAGCAGCAGGACCCAUCACUCCCGCUGCUGCACACUCCCAUCCCAUUAGUCUCUGAAAACCCCAAGUAGGCAUCUGCCAGCAGGGGUGCUCGAGGCUUGAGCCAGCUGUCCUGGGUUUCCAUUUUGGUUCCCUUCCAUACAGAGGGUUUCCUAUGGAUCACUGCCAAACAUCAGGAUCAUCUCCUCUGUCCAGAGGUCUUCAGCAGGAAGACGCCAGCUGGCGUCACUGCACUGUGACAGGGGACCUCUCCUCUAAUUCUGCCGUUUCCCCAGGCCUCCCUUCAGUGGUGAGACCAAGAGAUUGGAGACGGGCAUGGUGCUGCUGCUGCUGCUUCUCCAGACGACCCCUGGAACACCUUUCUUCCAGCCUGGUUUCCUGGGCUGGGCUGGGCUCAGGAACCUUGCCAGGUUCAGACCUAUGCUGGGUCCAAGCUGCCCCUGAGCUGUGCCUCUUUCUGUCAAACCAGGUGUGGACAUUCCAAGCUCAUAAGCGUGAACAAAAGAAAAGAGGAGCCCAGCAGAUGUAACAGGACCGACUCUAGUUGAAUGUUUAGAUUUUUGCUAAACUGUGUAUUUUUCCCUUUUUGCUGUGGUUUGCAUUAAUGGCAGUAGUUAGCCCAGGUUGUGGGGAAUGAGAAUGCCUUGCGUGAUGGAGUCUGAUGAACUAGGAAUGACCCACCACUGCAGUUGGGAGUGUUUUGCAAGGAAGGAGUAUUUUUAUUUUGGGGACCAGCUAAAUCUCUGCAGUAGUGUGAAAUUCCAAGUGGUUGUUGUAUUGUUGUUGGUUUGGUUUACCAAACAAAGACAGAAAAAAAGAAGCAGCAAAAAACUUGUGGCCGUUGGCUUUUCUGCAUCAGGCACAGAAGGGGAUAAAGCCAUAGCCAAGAGAUAGUCCAACAGAAUCUGACUAAACCUUCCAGGUGCAGAGAAAAAUCAUAAAAACAGAGAGGUGUUUGGUUUUUUUGUUUUACUUACUGUAUUUUUUGGGGGGUGGGGAAGUAAG